UUCUCAUUCUGCUUAACUUUCUUUAUGGAAGGAGGAGCAAAGGCGAGAACAUCUUAGUAAAGCGUAAAAUAAACAUUAUUAUACAUGUUAUAAACAAAAUAAAAAGGCAAGAAGACAUGUUAAAUUGAUCAAAGCAGACAUGAGACAUAUAUUAGUGUACGUUUGAGAUGAAUCUGAUUCUAUAUGAGUUUUUUUUAAUACCUCUACUUCCAACAGUCAUUGGCAUGAUAUGUGGAAUGCCCGGAAGACCGAUCGAUGGGUAUUUUGUACCGAGUCAAGCUGAAUAUCAAUCAGGUUCUAUAGUGAAAUAUUUCUGUGAUCCACGUACUUUAAUGUUUGGAUCCUAUGAAAGGGUCUGCUCAGAAAAUGGAAGUUGGAGCGGCGACAUACCAGUCUGUGAGAAACCUAUCACCGUCCAGAAUGCUUUUCAGUCAUCUACUUUAGGGAAUUUCACAGCAGACAAAGCCAUAGACGGCAAUCUAGUUACUUAUUCCUCAACUGGCUUAUUUGAAAAGGGAUACUGGACAGCCGUUCUCAACAAUCAGUCCAGGGUCAAAGCCAUUCGCGUUACUCUCCCUGCAGCAAAAAUAGUACACUUUGAAGUUACCGUGACGAAUUCCAGUUCUAAUGGUGUCAUUUGUGGAAGCUUCGAAGGAAACACAGGAACGAACACUACAAAAAUAUUUUAUUGUCCUCUCGCCGUUGGUAUCAGAGUGCGCAUCAAAGACAAGUUAAGUGACCCGGAUUUCUUACAAUUACGAGAGGUGGAGAUAUUUAUUAAACGUGAUGUUCCGUGCCUUAAACCCGACAUUCCGGCACAUGGCACGGGUAGAAAAAUAUCCGGUAGAGAAAGUAUAUAUCGUUAUUCUUGUGAUCGGGGCUACGUUAUGAAAGGAAAUGACACUUCGACAUGUCAAGACGGAACGUGGCGACCCCACUCGCCUAAAUGCGAAGUAGCCUUUUGUCACAUACCUACUAAUUUUAUCGGCGGAAGUGUGAAAUAUGACGAAAACAACGGCGUAGUUCCUUUCGGGGGUUUCGUUAAUUAUAGUUGUAACGCCGGAUACACACUUAAGGGAGAACCGUCCAAGCAAUGUUUGGGGCAAAAUAUAUGGUCGCAACAGACUCCAAGAUGUGUUGUGAUUAAAUGUGGCAAUUUAAGUUUCUCUAUAACGAAUGGACAUCUGCAGUUUAAUAGCGUUACAGUCGGCAGUGUAGCCUUAUUACGUUGUAACGACGGUUACCGACCUUGGAGAGAUGAUAGGUUAGAAUGCCUUCCAAAUGGACAAUGGAAAAAAAGUGUCCUAAGAUGUGAAGCGAUAAGAUGCGAGAAACCUGUAAGCGUAAAACACGGAACAAUAGAAUAUUUGGAUCAUUCUAACUUUUAUGGAAGCCGUAUUAGGAUACUUUGUGAUUCAGGAUAUAAACCUGCUAAUGAAACGUUACCUAUGUGCCAAUACGAUGGCUCUUGGGGAGAUUUAGAAAAUGCGUGUGUUGAAGUCACUUGCAGUCCAUUUCCUGUGUCAGACAUGGAUGGUGGACAAUGGAUACAACCUAAUGCUACUGAUGUUCUAAAUGUUGGAACGGUUGUUCACUUAGAAUGCUAUCCAGGAUAUGAAAUUGUCGGAGAUGUGCAAUCGUCGGUUUGCCUUCCUAACGGAUCUUGGUCAAGAAGUUCUUCCUCCUGCAUCAAAAAUGUAGCUCAUCCCAUAUGGUCCAAUGAAUGGUCACCGGGAAUUAUGAUGGUUACAUCUAUGGGUAUAGGGAUUGGAAGUGCCAUCUGUAUUUUGUGUCUGAUUAUUGGAAUAUUCUUACUUAAAAAGCGAAACCAAAGCCGAAAUUCUCCUCCCGUAUUCCACGUCGGUAUCGGAACCGUGCGUAAUACAGACAACAGAGGCCUCCUUGUCCCUACCGUUAGUAACGAUGACAACUAUUAUAGUACAGCUAUAUACGAAGAGGUUGAACAGAGGGCCCCACCUCUACCCAGACAGAGGAAACCUUGUUCCGCUCUACCUCCUCCACCGUUAGAAACUGAUCCUAUAUAUUCCCAACCGUUUGAAGAAAAAAAGGACGAGCAUGGCCACAUUUACGCCGAACCGGUCGAUGCAUGUAACCAACAAAACGAAGAAAAUCAGAAAAAAGAACCUCAGUGUAAUCACCAUUCUUACGAUAAAAACAAGGAAACUAAGGAAACUAACAUGGAAAACAAUUGCAUUUACAAAAUGGCCAAUUCCAUUGCAAUUGACAUGGUGAAGAACGAUAUAUAUUUAGAAACACGAUGAUUUAGUUAAUGGUUUCCUGCUGGCCGGGAUCAGAGUGACAUUUUUUUUACCUUCAUUCUUAGAUCAUUGUAUAAUAAACAUAUACACGUUUUAUUUAUACGAUCAUUUUUAUUAUCGCACUGUUUGCAUUCCAAUACAUCGUAAAAUAAGUGAGUGAACUUUAACACACGAAGACAGUGAUUUUAUUUUUAUAAUUUCAACUGCUUUACUACACAGUAGUAAUAUUUUUUUACCCCAUUUUUUUCAAGUUUUGAGAAAUGGAAGCUAGGAAAACAUUGCUUCUUGUUAAAAUAAUUCUACUAUAUUCUUCCAUUAUAUACGGUAUACAAUCUUUGAAUUAUUCUGUUUACUAGAUUGUCUUCAAGCUGUUAGAGUUUGGGAUUUAGUACUAUCUAAAAUUUAACAGCUUAUCAUAACGAAUAAUUCAUUUAGUAAAUAUUAUAUAUUUUUACAUAUUUUGAAUAUGUAAAAAAUAUUUAUUCUCUUGUCCCCAUUUAAUCUGUCACUUAUAUAUCUGUAUAAAGUAUCAUUGUAAUUUCAUGUAUAAUAUAUGUGAAUAGUGUAUAUAUAGUCUAUAUAUAUAGCAAACCUACUUCAUUUCACUGAGAAAUUCCGAUGUUGUUUUGAAUUACUUUAAAAUUCCCAUUUAUGUAGAAUAAAUUAGUACAAUUUGUAUUUUUUUUUUACG